GGAGAGCCGCUCCAGGCGCGCUUCACGUACGUCGACGAGCACUCUUGCAUCGGCUGCACCUACUGCGCAACCACGGCGCGAGGCACCUUCUUCAUGGAGGAGGAUCACGGCCGCGCGCGCGUCUUUGACCAGGCAGGCGACUCGGACGAGCUGGUGCAAGAGGCGAUCGACUCUUGCCCCGUGUCUUGCAUCCACUACGUGUCGCACGAGGACCUG